CGAGUCACGGCCGAUCCAGGAACUGCUUCAGUCAGGUGAAAGGUUUGACGUUUAUUCCGUUCUGCUUUUCUCAGCUCUCCGGGCUUUUUAUUGUUAUACCUACUUUUUUCCGGAGAUCAGGACGACUUCGAGUGAACAUCAUCAUGUUGCGCUGUGUUUCGAAAUUGCGCCGAUUCAGUGGUAUCCUCACGCCACGGGCUUUUGCGUCCACCAACGGAGGAGCACCGCCAAAGAACCCAGAUGAAAAGAUGCCUCCAAUCAUUGAUUUCGAGGAUCCUGAUUAUCUGCCGCUGCCCUUCUAUCCAGAACGUCAGAACGAACCUCUGGAACAGCGGAAGCAGAGGCUUCUCUAUCAGUCCCGCAAACGGGGCAUGCUUGAAAACGACCUCUUAUUGAGUACGUUUGCUGCAAAAUACUUGAAGUCAAUGUCCUCAGAGCAAACCGCCAUGUAUGACAAACUUAUUAACGGACCAACAAACGAUUGGGAUAUUUACUACUGGGCAACCGAUGCGAAGCCAACACCAGAGGACUAUAACAACGAAAUAAUGCAAAUGUUCAAGAAACACGUCCAGAAUCUGGAGAAGGAGGUCCGCCUGCGUAUGCCAGAUGUGCACAGUUGAACGAAAAAAACAGUGACCGACUGUCGAUAGUCCUGUAUACAUUUGCUUCAGAAUAUAAGUUUGUUUAUUAAAAUAUUCUUCACAAA